CAAUUCCCUAUAAAUAGGGACCUUUUUCAAUCCCAAAUCAUGCACACAAAAAACCACUGAUCAGAAGAAAAAAUAAAAUGAAGAAUUUCGCAUUACUCUGUUUCCUCUUCGCUCUCAUUGCCUCUACUGAGGUCCGCAUCUGCAAAUCCGACGCCUCGCCGGACGCCGUCCUCGACAUCGACGGGAAGAAGCUCCGAGCCGGCGUGAACUACUACAUCCUCCCUGUAAUCCGCGGAAGAGGCGGUGGACUAACCCUAGGCAACAUCGGACACGAUAAAUGUCCUCUACACGUCGUUCAGGAACAAUUCGAGAUAUCGAACGGUCUUCCGGCGACAUUUGCGCCUGUAAACCCUAAGAAAGGCGUGGUUCGAGUUUCGACGGAUUUGAACGUGGAAUUCGAGGCGAGCACGGUGUGCGCCAAAUCGACGGUGUGGAAGCUGGACAAAUUCGACGAAUCGACGAGACAGUGGUUGGUGGCUAUCGGCGGAAUCAGGGGAAAUCCAGGGCAAGAGACGCUCGACAAUUGGUUCAAAAUUGAGAAGCACGGUAAGGAUUACAAGUUCGUGUUCUGUCCAAGUGUGUGUAAAUUCUGCAAAGUUAUUUGUAAAGAUGUGGGGAUCUUCAUCAAGAACGGAAACAGGGCUCUCGCUCUGAGCGAUACGCCAUUUCCCGUUAUGUUCAAGAAAGUUUAAUUGAAGCAGAGAGAAUAAUCAAUAAUGUAUGUGUAAUAUGUAAUAAUUACGAGUUCGUGAAAUGAUACAGUCAUUAAUAAAAUAUCGGGUUAUUAAUUAA